AUGGCCUGCUGCAACCUCGCGUCCUGCGUCCAGGCGGCCCUUGCGGGGCUCCGUCUCCCCGACGAGCCGGCGCCCGGAGGUAUGAUGGACGAGUCGGACGGCGACGAGGCCGCGCCCGAGGUCGCGGAGGAAACCGCCCCGACCCCCGCGGCCGACGACUGGGGCCCGAAAUGGAAAAGGAAGAUGCGGGCCCAACUACCUACACAGCAUGAAUUAAAUGUCGAGGUGAUGCGGGCCGCGGCAAAUAGCCCCGCAAAAGGCAUCCUUCGCAUGCUCGCGUUUUACGCCGGACACCACCUGACGGUCGACCAGAUCGCUAGAAGUGUACUCGUGCCGCCCGGGCACGUCGAGGAGCUACUGUAUCAUCUGUACUCCUACGGACACGUCGCCGAGCACUCCGCGGGCGGCGUCACGACUUACUCGGCGCGGUCCGACGCCCUGGAGCGUUACCUGACGUCGCGUGACGACGCCGAUAGGGCGGCGACGCCAACACCGGCGUUGGCGCCUGCACCCGUCGCCGAGGCGCCACGCGAAGGCGCCCCGGCCGCUGGACCCGACCCUGCGGGCGACGCGCGGCUUGCGGGCGACGGCGACGCGACGCCCGCCGAGGACGCGCCUGCGCCGGCGCCGGCGCCUGCUCGCGACGAAGCGGCGCCCGCGGUUCUCACUCGCGACGAAGGUGGGCCUGCGCCUGCGCCGGCGCCGCGCGAAGGUUCGCCGACGCCUGCGGAAGAAGGAGCGCAGCAGCCGGCGCCGAAGCGGCGACGGCGUAGGACCUCUCCGUCGCCGCGUGCCGACGUCGGACUCGAUGGACCGGUGCCGGGUCCCGAGCAGCAACGGCGUGGACGCUCUCCCGCGCGGACGAUGCCUCGCGACGACGCCGACGCGGCCGCGCCGGCGCCGGCGCCGGCGCCGCCAAGGCGUGGACGCUCUCCAACGCCGGGGACUACUCCUGCCGGCGCCGCGCCGGCGCCGGCGCCGGCGCCCCGGCCCCGUGCAGAUUCCGCGCCGCCGCAGCUGGAGGACGCCGCGCCGCAGAUGAAGAAGCGAGGAGCGCUUGAUCAUUUCAGGGCGCAGAACCGCGCGGCCGCGAAGAAGUUCGUCGAGGACGCGUCACCCGCCCUCGCCGGGAGUGACAAGAACAAGGUGACCGAAUCAGCGUCCAUGUUGACCUUCCGAUUUGAAUUAGAAGGACCUGCCGAGAGAACUCACUGAUUGAUCACACACAGGCCAUCAUGGCGAGGCUCGGCGAGAUGUGGGACGCUUUGGACGGCGCGGCGAGGAAGCGCUAUGGCGACGACGCCCCCAUGGUUCCGGUCAGUGCAAAAAUCAAAUUAUCGCGGCGCGUCUCCACCACUGCUGAAUCAUGGCCUCCACGCCAUCGACGCUACGUCAGCACGACAUCGUGGCGUGUGGUCUCUCACCGCUCGAUUCAGCCAGUACUCUCCUCAUCGCCGAGAGAGGACUUGGUGAAGAAGUAUCGUGCAUCCGACGCAUUGGUUGAUUUACGCACAGGUUCGGGUCGGGACCAAGAAGCCCCGGUCUGCCGCCCGAGCGCGCUCUGCGACGCCGACGCCGCCGCCUGAUAGCGAUGCCCCGACGGCGACGGUCGAUGACGAGGUGGCGGACAAAUGGGCCAGGGGCGAGCUGCAGGUCGAGCACAUCGAGCCGUGCGCGCUCGUUUUCAAAAGCAAGGGGCCCUUCGUCGACGCCGACGGCAACUUUACUGAGGCCGCGCGCUACCUCAACCGCCUCGCGAAUUUGCAGCUCAUGGACGCCCACAAGAACAACGUGAAGGACGCCAACUUCUCGGGCGUGACGCGGCGCGCCCUCGAGGAACGCGAGCGCCUGCUCGCGGGCUGCGACCUCUCCACGGAGGUUGGCUUCAAAAAACACCUCGACGCCCUCCGCGUCCACGUCAUUACCGUCUCCGAAAUCGGAGCGAAGGACGAAAAGUUCCGCGGUGAGAAGUACUUUUGAGUAAGGUCCUUUUCCUGUCAUUCCACUAAACUUAGACAAAAUUAGCUAGCCCCUCCGA